AUGCAUCUUCGUGACAGUGCAGAUGAAAUUGUUGAAGUCAAAACUCUUGAAGCUUUCAUUUUCAUGACGACUGUGACUCUCCGGUUCCAAGCUCGGAUAAAGGAGGAGGGUUGCAGUAAGUCGGCAGCCAGUGUAAAGUUGUGCCAAACUUACUCUGGCUACUCUUGCAACCGAAAACACAAUAGAGCUUACAUGGAUUAUCUCAAUGUCAACAAUGGUAUGAGGAGGUUGAUUUAUCAACGACAAGAAGAAGUUGCAAAGAAAUUUUCAUCGUCAUAUCCUCACUUGGGUAUGCCGGAUAUACCAAUCACUCUAUCCCUUCAACAACAGUGGUCGUCUCAUCCAAAAAACCAAGAAGAAAAGCUAACAAGAUCAACUAACCUGUUCCCUGAAGAUGAUGUUGGUAUCUUCAAGGAUAACUCUUUAGUUGAUAUUCAAUCCCUUAUUGAGAAGGAAUUUAAAUUUCCUUUCCUUCCUGCUUCGGACCCUUUAAUUGAAAGCCUUGCUCGUCAUGUCAGUUACUUAAGCCUUCCGCAUACUACAGAUUCAAGGAUGUUCUACUACUUCUUUCACUCACGGAAGAGUAAAGAUGAUCCAGUUGUUAUAUGGUUGACUGGAGGGCCAGGAGGCAAUAGUGCAAUUUCAAUAUUUAACGGAAAUGGUCCUUUUCGUAUUGAAAAAGAUGGCUCAAAUAACCUCUACCUAAAAUGGAAUGAUUAUGGUUGGGAUAUGGUAUCAAACAUUAUAUAUGUUGAUCAACCUAUUGGAACAGGUUUGAGUUAUACUUCUAACAAUAAUGAUAUAAGACACAAUCAAACUAGUAUCAGCAAUGAUUUGUAUGAUUUUUUACAGGAAUUCUUUAAACUAUAUCCUAAUUUUAUUAAUAACGAUUUUUUCAUAACUGGACAAUCUUAUGCUGGUCAUUAUGCUCCUGCUUUAGCUUCUCGGAUACUAGAAGGAAAUAGACAAAAAGAGAGAAUUCAUAUAAAUCUUAAGGGUUUCGCUGUUGGUAAUGGACUUACAGAUUUUAAAAUUCAACACCCAUCAAUACCAGAUUAUGCUUGGUCUGAGAGAAUAAUUACACUCGAGCAGUACAAUCAAAUAAAGCAAUUGAAUCCACGAUGCACAGGUAAUGAUACUGCUUGUUUGGACGCAUAUACGUUUUGUGAUUCAAUAUAUCAACAAACACUUGAGACUGGAAAUUUUGAUUCCAAAGACAUUAGAAAGACUCGCGGAGCUAGUAGUGACUACUCAACACUGACAUCGUUUAUGAAUAAGCAAACAGUGAAGGAUGCUUUGGGCGUAUCGGAUAGAGAAUUUGUUUUGUUGAGCAUGCCUGUAUACACUGCAUUAAGGGGGGACUGGGCAAAAAAUCUUGAAGUGUACAUUCCAACUCUACUUAAGGAUCGAAUCAAAGUUCUUAUUUAUGCGGGAGAUAAAGAUCUUAUUGCCAACAGGCUUGGAAAUUUUCGAUGGGUCUUGAAUAUGGAAUGGUAUGACAAACAAAAAUUUAUAAACUCUGAAGUUGUUACAUUUAAAGUUGAAGAAAGUAAUUCAGGAUUGAUGACUAGGCAUGAACCUCUCACUUUCAUAAAGGUUUAUGAUUCUGGACACAAUGUUCCAUGGGAUCAGCCGAAAGUUGCUCUGCAUAUGAUAAAAAACUGGAUGCAAGGAGAUCUCUAA